AUGAGUGGUAACUCUGGAUUAGGUGAUGAAGUAGAUAAAAAAUUAAUUGUUGUUUUAAGAGAUGGAAGAAAGUUCAUUGGUAUGAUGAGAACUUUUGAUCAAUUCGCCAAUAUUGUUUUACAAGAUACUAUAGAAAGAAUUUAUGUAGGCGAUUGUUAUAGUGAUAAAAAUUUAGGUGUUUUCUUUAUUAGAGGUGAUAAUGUUGUAAUUUUAGGUGAAAUUGACCCAGAUAGAGAAGUUCAAGAAAAGAAAUUAAAAAAAGUAUCAUGGGAUGAAAUUACAAAAGCAGCAGCAUUAGAAAAACAAAAGAAAGAAGAAGAAGAACUUUUAAAGAGAAAGAUUAUGACAGAAAGUGGUUUAACAAUCGACUCAAUUUUAAAUAUUGAUGAUUUCUAA